AAUAUGUAAUGCACAUCUAGCAUCCACAAGGCAAAAUGGCAACAUUUAGCGAUAUGAUUGAAAUCAGUGAAGUCACUGAUAAAGCCAUUGCCGAAAACUUACAUCGACGUUUAAAAGACGAAAACAUUUAUACUAACAUUGGUCGUGUGCUGAUCUCUGUGAACCCGUUCAAACAAAUCCACAUGUAUGACAAGGAUGCUAUUGAAUUGUAUUCUGGGAAAAAACACUUUAAGGGACCCAAGCCACCUCAUAUAUAUGAAGUAGCCAACAAUAUGCUAGUCAACAUGAUGAUAGAGGGAGACAACCAGUGUGUUAUUAUAAGUGGAGAGAGCGGUGCAGGAAAGACUGUUUCAGCCAAGCAUGUCAUGAACUUUCUGGCUAAAGUAUCUGAAGAAGGAUCGACAAAAGUAGAACAUGUCAAGGAUACCAUCCUACAAUCGAACCCACUUCUAGAAGCAUUUGGUAACGCAAAGACUGUCAUGAACAACAAUUCAAGCAGAUUUGGAAAGUUUAUGGAAAUACAGUACAAUGAAAAAGGUCAACCUGAUGGAGGGAAAAUAUCUACUUUUUUAUUAGAGAAAUCUAGAGUCGUAUCACUUGAGGAAGAAGAGCGUAAUUUCCAUAUAUUUUAUCAGCUACUUACUGGCUUGACACCAGAAGAACUGGAGGAACUUUCGCUUGGUCUAGAGACACCAGACAAGUUUCGCUACCUUAAUACAACUGGUGUGUACACUAUAAAAGGAACGGAUGACGCUAGUGAUUUUGCCAUCACAAUGAAUGCAAUGAAAGCUAUAGGAAUAACGACCUACAAUAUGAACUCUGUGCUUAAAGUGGUUGCUGCUAUACUUCAUCUCGGUAACAUUACUUUUAAAGAAGAAGACAACGUUGCAGUGCCUGUAGACGAUGAACUUCUGGAAAAGCCUGCUUUCCUACUGGAGGUGGACAAAACUAUUUUGAAAGAAAAAAUUACAAGUUAUGAUAUGGAGUCACGUUGGGGAGGUCAAGUAGAAAUAACAAAGAAAACCUUUAACAGAGAUCAGGCAUGUGCCGCUCGCGAUUCGCUAUCAAAGUCCCUAUUCUUUCAAACUUUUGAGUACCUUGUAGAAGCGGUAAACAACACAAUGGCAAAAACUGGACAGAGUUUGUACAUUGGAGUGCUUGAUAUCUAUGGCUUUGAAUGCUUCCAGAAAAAUGGGUUUGAACAAUUUUCAAUAAAUUAUGUCAAUGAAAAACUUCAGAAUCUUUUUAUUGAUUUUACGCUGAAAACAGAACAGGAAGAGUAUGCCGAAGAAGGAAUAUCUUGGUCUUCAAUCAAAUACUUUAACAAUGAUGUUGUAUGUGAACUUAUUGAAAGUCGAAGACCUCCUGGUAUCAUGAGUGUAUUGGAUGAUGUUUGUAGCACAAUGCAUGCAGUGUCUGAAGGCUCAGCAAAUACGCUGAUGGAUAAGCUGAGAGGAGCAAUCAGUUCAAGCAACAGAUUUGCAAGGUUUUUUCAAGCACAGUCCAAGCACUUCUCAAUAACACACUAUGCUGGAAAGGUGACAUACGAAGCUUCAGAAUUUUGUGAAAAAAAUAAAGAUUCCAUUUCAAACGAUUUGAUUCGUUUGAUUAAGUCUAGCAAUAACGAGUUUAUUUCCGCCCUCUUCCCUGACGUCCCUGGAACAGGUGAGACGACUGGUAGGAAAGCCAAAUCAAAUACUGGUAGUGCUAAAAUAAGGACACAAGCCAUCGCCCUGGUCGAGAAGAUCCGCAAAUGCACUCCACAUUACAUUAGGUGUGUGAAGUCAUCAGAGUCCAAGACUCCGUUAGAUUGGGAUGACAAAAAGGUUCUCCAUCAGGUUCAUUACCUAGGACUCGUGGAAAACAUCAAGGUCCGUCGCGCAGGUUUUGCUUUUAGGCGAGAAUUCGACCGUAUUGUGCAAAGAUACCAAGUUCUUGCUCCCGUGAUGGUAAAUAACUGUGGAGAAGACAAGGUUAAGGCAUGUAAAGUCAUUUUAGAAGCCGCCAAUUUAGACAUGAAGAGAUACCAAGUUGGCAAAACAAAACUGUUUCUUAAGGACCAGCAAAUGAUCUCCCAACUUGAAGAUCAUCGUACAGCCGUUCUUUCAAAGUAUGCAGUAGCUAUUCAAACACGAUACCGUGGAUACAAAGCAAGGAUACUGUUUGAAGAGCGCAAAAGACGACACCAAGAGAUGGAACGAGAAAAACAAAAAGAGGAAUUGCAACAAGCCGCUGAACAACAAGCUCAAAAUAACACUGCCAUCCGAGAUGAGCCAAUUCAACAUCAAAACAGUGCAAAAGAGGUGUUUAAAGAUUUCAAAGAGAUAAUGUCUACGACUUUCACAUCAUGUGGUGGCGAGAUUGUUGCACGUGAUAUACAUGUAAAGAUGCCUGAAACAGACAGACAACCCCAGACCAUCACCAUAUUGAUCUGCGAGAAUACCAGUGACUAUAUAGUCGCAUUGACUGACACAGAGAGUGCAUUGAGCGAUCUGAUAGCAAUUUCAUCCGGUAGUAAACAUUUUGAGAAUCCAAUCGAGAUCACUAUUCCGUUAAAGAAGACACCAAAGGAUAAAAAUAUCUGUAAAUUCGUUCGCUGGACUAGUUGCCCACCCAGUGAGCUGAAAGAGUGGUCUGACAAGUUACCAGCUGUAGGUGAACCGGACAUUCAUACCGCAGUCUUCACUGGUGAAAAUGGACGCUUCUACAGCGAUAGAUGUGGCAUGUUUUGCUUGAUGGGAAAAUGUACUAAUAAGGAGUUAGAGUCUGUAGAGCCUAUAUCACAAAAAUGCGAUCGCAUCUCCACAUGUUCGGCGCCAAGUAGCUUAAAAUUGGUCAAAAAAAGAAAAAAGAAAAGGGGUCUGUUUAAGACUAUUAAAUCUAAGUUUGGAAAAGCAUUUGGUCCCAAAAAAAUAAAGAACAACAAUCCCGAAGGCCUGUCCCAAUCAUGCAGUGAUUGUUCUUACGAAAGCUACAGUUGCUCAUCCUAUACUGAUGAGGAAAGCGACUCCAGCACUUCUUCAAAAGGUCCAAGUUCGUCAGAAAGAGGCAAAUCCUCAAAGGAAAUUGAAUUGCAACAUAAGUCGUCACCUCCAGUAAGGUCAACUCCUGCACCAACGCCUCCUUCUGGUAGGCCUCCCCCACCCCCACCACCUGCAGCACCACCUUGUAGAAGGCCGCCCCCACCCCCACCACCACCACCACCUCCUCCCCCAGGGAAUAAACUACCGAAGGCGCCUCUCGCCAAUGAGAUUUCGUCACCACAAAGACUACAAGGGCAGGAAUCGAAGUCAAUGCCGCCACCGCCACCUCCACCGCCACCGCCAGUGAAGCGCUCACCCUGA